CAUUGGAUUACUCUCAAAUUAGGGUUUGAAACUUGGAAGAUUCUGAUCAGUUAGACACUUGAAGGCGAUAUUAAUUAUUGGCUUCACCAUAAUUAAUAGGACACAGUCUAACAUGUGCAUAAAUGACUGCUGAGGAAUAUAAUAAUUAAUUAGUUAUUUCCUCUGCAGUAGUAAUCUUCCCUUCACUUUUCUUCUGGGCUAAAAAACUUUAAUUAUAUAUGUUUUCAAACAAUUCUAGCUAGCUUUCGGAAUUGGUAUCAAAAGGGCAGUUCGGUAAGUUGAGGUAGAACUUGUUUUGAAUAUUGUUGCGAAGAAACUGAGGCAGUCAUGUGGGCAGUAAACAGGAAAUCAUAUCGAUUUGAGAGCUCAUCUCCUAUUUUAAACAGCUCCAAAGCUUUGCAGAUCAGUUCAUAGAUCGAAUUAAUGAGAUGAUCAAAGAGAGUGCUGAAAGAAAGAUAAGGACCAGAUCGAGAAUUAAUCCAUGGCUUCUAGGGAGCACAAAAGAGAAGCAAUGCAUGAGAAGCUGCAACUACUCCGUUCCAUUACUAACUCUCGUGCUCUUAAUGAUUCCUCAAUCGUUUUAGAUGCAUCAAAGUACAUUGAAGAGCUAAAACAGAAAGUGGAAAUACUGAAUCAAGAUUUAGAGACUGCACAAACCUCAAGUGAUCAAAACCCACUGCCUGUGGCUACGGUGGAAACCCUAGAGAAGGGCUUCCUAGUAAAUGUAUCAUCAGACAAUAAAAGUUGCCCAGGCCUGCUUGUCUCAAUCUUGGAAGCUUUUGAAGAACUGGGUCUUAAUGUUCGGGAAGCUAGUGUUUCUUGUGCAGAUAAUUUCCAGUUACAAGCAGUUGGAGAAAAUGAAGAACAAGCCGAAAGCAAUGAUGCUCAAGUGGUGAAAGAAGCAGUGGUGCAGGCUAUUAAGAACUGGAGUGGAAAUACUGAACUAGAAUAGCCCAAACAUCCAGUACUGCUGUUACUUAAAUAUAUCAUAUAUCCUAAUUUGCUUUUACUAAUUUCUCCCGUUUGAAUUAUUUUCGUUGGUGGGCACAGUACUGUUGUUAAUGAUCAAGAACCGAGCUUCUAAAAUUGUAUUAUAGGAAUAUGUAUUUGGUUGAAGUUUGAAGAUCAUGAUCAAGAACAAGCACCAAUUAAUUAGUAACAAAAGAACUAUUAGUUUGUCGGAAA